GGGAAGGAAGACCACAAACACAGCACACAACCACGCCCAACAACUACGAACAAGAACCAACAGCACAGCAGGCGAUGGAGGCGAAGCUGGACGCGGCGCUGCAGACAAUCCAGCAGCAGCAGGAGAAGAUCGAGGAGCUCGAGGACAUGGUGCAGGCCCUGCUCAACUGCUACAAGGACGUGGAAGCCCGCCUUGAUGACACAUUCGACGGCGACUCGGUUCCGCUGUACGGAUCCUGUUACGGGUACCUGCAGAAGCUGAGUGGUGGCAUUGCUGGCAGCAAAUGGAAGCGGCGAUGGUGUGUGCUUGAGAACGACGGCAUUCUGUAUUAUUGGAAGACGGCGGCCGCGGCCACCGAUCCCUCUGCAGACAAAGGGGUCAUCCCCCUGGCCGGCUACAGCCUCAACGCUGCAAGCGACGACACAGACCUGACCCUCCGGCUCGUUGGCCCGCACAAGAAGUCGUACGAGUUCCACGCAGAGUCCCGCUCAGACAAGCAGCGCUGGGUCACUGCCAUCACAGAGCAGCUCGAACGCAUGGAGAUUGACAGCACAGGCGGGAUGGGCCGGCGACAGAGCGUACACCGCGGCCGCGCAAUCUCGCGGUCCAGCACUGUCGGGCGCACGUCCCCUGUGAACGAAAUCAACUCGUCCCUGCUGGAGACGUGUACCUUCAAAGGAUGGGUGCUGCGGUAUGCGCAGACGGGCUGGACCCGCGCAUACGCCGUCCUCGAUGCGGAUGUGUUGUACAUGUACAAGAGUGCACGGGACGCUGCCGGCGCGCUCGUGCUCUACCUCGCUGAUGCAACCCUCUCUCCGAUAUACCCCCGCGAUGACCUCUUUACCUUCGAGAUCCGAACUGCCUCUGGUGGUGCACACACGUUUGGAUUCCCGGAUGAGGGCGCUUGCAAGAAGUGGCUGGAGCACUUGUCGGCUUCCACCGGUGGCACAAACGCCUCCUCUGCAUGACAUGCACAUACACACACACAUACGCCCAUACACACAUACACCCAUACACACACACGCACACACUCACUCAUACUCACACACCCAUACACACAUACUCACACACACACGCUCUCUCUCUCUCUCUCUCCAUCUCCAUCUUUGCAUCUCUCUCCCUCUCCCUCCGCACACGCACGCACACGCACGCACGCACACCCUUUGUUACUGUCGUGGUAUAUGUAGUAGAAGUUAUAUUGCGC